AUGUUCUCUACAAUACUAUCUUAUCGACUAACACACUACUUGAAGGUGUCGGUCCUUGAAAGGAGCUGGCCCUUGCAUGUAACCACCGAUAAGAAGUCUGCGGGUUGUGCAGCAUUUGACCAGACACAUCAGUUGUGGAUAUUGAAGUCCUUGUGCCGUGAGGGGCUGUUGCUGCAAACAGAGAAGAUGAUUUGCAUGAGCUGUGCGACGGCCCUGGUGGCAGCUAGCUGCAUAGCUUGCGGACCCCUGGUAAUCAACAAUUGUCUCGCACGAAUGCCAAUUUGUGUAACGUUAGCUACUUUGAUAACUGUCGCCACCGUUAUAGCCUGCGCGCCAUUUUGGAUGCGACAUAUAUUCAACAUCCAUUGUCACUGUCCAUCUACACCCAUCUGUCCUGAUUGCGGCAAGCCAUUUUAA